UCCAAGCUGGUCAAGAUGUUCAUCAAGUGCUUCUUCCUUCUACAGGCAAUCAACUUCCUGUCUGCAGAACCAGUAUUCCAGCCGGAAGAACGCAUUUCCGGUGGAAACUCUAUUAGAAUCGAACAGGCACCUUGGCAGGUGUUGUUACUCAUACAAAAGCAACAAAUUUGUGGUGGUUCCAUUUAUAGCAAAGAUAUUAUCGUUACGGCUGCCCACUGUCUUUUUACAAUAGGCGAAGAACGACUUGAGCCCAAAGAUUUGCUUAUUCGCGCAGGAUCCACAUUUAUUGACUUUGGAGGAGAUCUAAUCGAAGUGGCCGCCCUUAAAUAUCACGAAGAGUUUAAUUUUAUAACGAAACGAAACGACAUCGGCAUCGUACGACUGAGUAAACCACUUCAGUUUUCCAAGAAAGUUUGGCCAAUCCCUUUGGCCGGCGUGAACCCUCCUUCUGGAACUUUUGCAUUUUCCACUGGCUGGGGAGCAACUUCAGUUACUAGCAAUACUCCGCGGAAAUAUCCUAGAAAUCUUCAAGGCAUAGUCGUUCCUAUUCAUAAGUGCAUAGGACUUCAUGAUGAUUAUAUUUGCGCCGGCAAUUUUAACAAAGCCGCUUGCUUUGGCGAUUCUGGUGGUCCAUUGGUUGUGGACCAAAAACUAGUCGGUGUUGUCUCUAUAGUCUACGGUACUUGCACUGCCACUUCUUCUUACAUCAGUGUACCUUUCUUUAAAAAAUGGAUUUUAAAUGCCAUUAAUUCUAUUUGAAAAAUGUACAAAUAUAUAUAUAAUAAAUAAAUAUUCACAAGAGCAUUUGUAUAAAUCAAA